AUGACAGGCAACUCUGAAGAAACUGAACUAUAUGCACGAAUAUUAAAACCAUUAGAAGCUAAACUAAAAAAAGAAGCCAGCGGGACCACCAAGACAACAACUGCAGCAACCACAACCACAACCGGAGGUGUUUCUGAAUCAACGAAUUCAGAGAAAAAGCGAAAAUCUCAAGUCAACCUGCAAGAAGCCAAACAAGUUAGAUUUCAAGUCGGCAAUAAACCUAAAACAGCAACUGUACAUCAAUUUAAGCCUCCAGUAGUCACUCCUAAUCAUGACAACCAAAAAAUUGCUGAUGAUUUAACAGCCAUGCUUCAAUUUAGUGUAAAUUUGCAUGACAGUCAGGAGUAUGCCACACUAUUGUUUUGGGAUUUUGCUGGAGAUGAAGAAUUUUACCAUACGCAUCAAACUUUCCUGUCCCCGGAUGCAAUAUAUGUUGUUGUUACAAAUCUCAGUGAGGUUGAUGACAAAGAUGCACAUGAUAUGUUUGAAUUGUGGAUGAACUCAAUCCAUUGCUAUUGCACCCUUGAACAUGAGAAAAAUAGACCUGCAGGUACUACUGAUGAAAUGAAAUCUCCACCAGUGAUUCUUGUUGGUUCUCAUAAAGAUAAAGUUAUGCCUACAGAAGAAAAGAAGAUUGAGACCAUAUGUGGAGAAAAACUGAAAGCAUUUCUUGAUGGUGUUUCACUUGCUGCACGUAGCCAUAUACGGUAUAUAAGAUAUAUUUCCAAUAGAACUGAUAAUGAUGAUAUUUUUCGUGAAAUAAGAAAAUUCAUCUUAGAAUUGGCAACCUCAAUGCAAACAUGGAAUACAGACCAUCCUUUAAAAUUCAUACAGCUGGAAAAAUGUCUACAAGAGAAAAAAAAGAAGUUGCACAUUCCAAUUAUUUCUUUUGAUGAUAUUCAGGACAUCUCUAAUAAAUUAUCAAAACCAUUAAAAAAAGAGGAACUUAAGUUGUUCCUAGAGUAUCACCAUGCCACCAGAGCUUUGAUCUAUUUUGAAGAUCUUCUCAAGUUUAUCAUUUUAGAUACACAGUGGUUGUCUCAUAUCUUUAAAUGUAUAGUUACAACAGAGAAAUGUCAAUCCGAGUUUCUCAACUGUAAAAUGAAUCAAGAAUUGGAUGAUCUACAUAAUAAAGGAAUACUACAAAUAACACUUUUAGACGAAAUAUUUAAAGAUAAAACCAAUGUUUUGCAUCAGCAUGUUGGACAUAAGGAUGAGAUUCUAAAGGUUAUGGAGAAAUUUGAUAUCAUUAUACCUGCAACCGAAGACGGGGUUGGUAAAAAACCUUUGUAUUAUGUUCCUUGCAUGGUCAAACGAAAACCAGAAGGGGACAUUUAUGAUAUGAUAAAUGCGACAACAGAUAAGUGUAAAAAAUCAACUUGGUUGUGUUUCAAAUUUGAGUUUCUACCACCACAUCUAAUAAAUCAUUUGAUUGCUUCAUUGAUAAACUAUGGUGUCGCAAAGGUUGCUAGUUCUCAACAGAAGGAACCUCAACUCUGUUUAUUCAAAGACACCGUAGUCUUUCAGCUGAAAAACACACAGUCUAUGAAGUUACUUGUCAUGGCAGGUGCAAAUGUAGUUAAGAUUCAAGUUCUAGAUUUUAGGGACAUAAAUGAAAAUAUGGAUGAUGAGUCUAUUUUCUUAACAAUUGCCAGGAAUGUGACUGAGAAAUUAAAAAAUAUAGUAUAUUCGAGAUUCAAGAUGUCAAAUGUAUCAUUUAAGACCAAGUGGGAAUGUGGCCUUAUAACGCCAGAGCUGGUUAAAGAAUACCAUGACUUUAGCAGAGACAAUACUGAAGAUUAUCGCUGCGAAAUAUGUGAAUCACACCACCGUUUCAAGAAUGAAUGGGCGAAGUCCCAGAGAUCGGAAGCUGCUCAAGAAAUCAUCCAAUACACAGGAAGCACUAUUCCUAAACAGGCUGUUGAUAUUACGCUGUCAAAGAGUUCUGAAUAUACUCCACGAUCUCUUCCCUACGAAGAAAGCACCUGUCGACAACAAGCUAUUGCUAAAAAGUGUUCACAGGACGCCCUCGAUAACUUAGAAUGUAGAGAUAGCACGAAAGAAGUUGUACAUCACAAAUCAGACUUCAGUGAUAUAUUAGAUCAAAUGAUGACACAGUUAGUAAUAUCAAUCGACGACAGACGCACCAUUGAACAAACUAAUGAUCAAGCAAACGCCAUGUUGGAUAUAGUAAUAAAACGAGGAGAGCCUAAUACAUCCAUGUGCAUUAAUGUUUUAAAACAAAAUCAUGGAUACGAAGAUCUCGCAGAAAAAUUGCCUGAUUCAUCAAGCUUAGUGUCAGCACCUACUACAACAGGAUUAGAAGAUGUUCCAGAUUAUAAAAUACGUCUACAGAAGAAUUACUCAAAAAUAAUCAACACGUUAAAGCACAACAACCAGUAG